AAAGAAUAUUUUUUAGGACAUUAUAGUAGACUUUUCUGGCCAUUAUUUCAAUUGUAUCGUUCAAGGCCAAUAAUGAAUCCGAGCUCUUCGACUGCACACAUUUUGGCUGAAUUGACACUUGGGGAACGUGAAAAGGUUUUAAGUGAACGUUAUUUAUGUGAACGAGAUAAUUUAAUUUCGAAAUUUAUGGCAUGGACUGAGCAGGACCAAACUGAUUUUUGCAAACAUUUACUUCAAAGAAUGUGUCAUCAUCAACAUGGACAAAUAGAUCAAUUUCUUGGACCAAUGCUAAAAAGAGAUUUUAUCAGCUUGUUGCCAACUGGUUUGGCUGAAAAUGUUUUACAAUUACUUGAUGCCCAGUCUUUAUAUGCUUGUGAAUUAGUUAGUAAAGAAUGGCACAAAGUGAUUGCUAAUGGGAUGCUGUGGCGAAAGUUUUUUGAACGUAAAUUUCGUUCUGAUCAACUCUGGCAGGGACUUGCUAAUAAAAGGGGAUGGAAAAACUUUCUGUUUGUAUCUAAGAAUCAGGCGACUUGUUCUAUUUUGGCAGCGAGUGGUUAUAGUGUUGCUGACUUUGAAAAACUUCGUAGACCAAUUGAUAAAGAAUUUGAUCCUUUAGAAUUACAACAUAAAUUUUAUCGCGGUCUCUAUCCUCAAAUUAUGUCAGACAUUCGUCAAAUUGAACAAAAUUGGCGCGAGGGUCAUCAUCGCCUUGAACGAAUUAAUUGUGGAUCAGAAAAUAGUAAAGGUGUCUAUUGUCUUCAAUAUGAUGAUGAAAAGAUUGUCUCAGGACUUCGUGAUAAUACAAUAAAGAUUUGGAAUCGUCCUGCUCUUCAAUGUGUUGCUACUCUCACUGGUCACACUGGCUCUGUGCUUUGUUUACAAUAUGACAACCAAAUUAUUGCUAGUGGAAGUAGUGAUGCAACUGUUCGGAUCUGGGAUGUGAGGACUGGUGCUCAAUUAAAUACACUCAUUCAUCAUUGUGAGGCUGUUCUUCACUUACGAUUCCAAGAUGGAGUUUUGGUUACUUGUUCUAAGGACCGUUCUAUCGCCGUUUGGGAUAUGGCAUCCCCUACAGAAAUAAACAUUCGGCGUGUACUUGUUGGACAUCGUGCUGCUGUUAAUGUUGUAGAUUUUGAUCAGCGCUAUAUUGUUUCUGCCAGUGGUGAUCGAACAAUUAAGGUUUGGAAUGCCGGUACGUGCGAAUUUUUGCGAACUCUUAAUGGUCAUAAACGCGGUAUAGCUUGUUUGCAGUACAGAGACCGGUUAAUCGUUUCUGGUUCAAGCGACUUUUCUAUACGUCUUUGGGACAUUGAAUGUGGCAAUUGUCUGCGUGUGCUAGAAGGUCACGAAGAGCUUGUUAGAUGCAUUCGAUUUGAUUCCAAACGCAUUGUUUCGGGUGCUUAUGACGGAAAAAUUAAAAUUUGGGAUUUACAAGCUGCUCUCGACCCGCGAACACCGCCUAAUAGUUUAUGUCUAAAAACUUUGUCAGAGCAUACAGGAAGAGUUUUUAGACUACAAUUUGAUGAAUUCCAAAUUAUAAGUUCUUCUCACGACGACACAAUUUUGAUUUGGGAUUUUUUAAAUGUUGCAAAUAACAGAGCAAUUGCUGCUGGGCCAGGUGGCGGAGGAUUGGCGGCAGCAGCUGUUGUUGGUGCCGUUGGGGCAAUUCAGCAACAAAAUCUACAGCUUGCACAAAUGAAUGGAAUUUGA